CUCGUCUCUCGUCUCCCGUCGCUCGUCUCUCGUCGCUCGUAAUGCCGUUCGAUCGCAAUUUCACCGUGAGUUACGGGUUGCAGGUUGCGGGUUGCGCAUACGUCCAGCAGCAUCACGUCCGAUGGACAAAUUGCGAAAGCGCGAGAAAAUGAAAUUCUCGGCCGAGGAAGACGGACUCGACGAGUCGAGAAAGAAAGAAACUACGGCAAGAGGAGAGAGAGAGAGAGAGAGAGAGAGAGAGAGAGAGAGAGAGAGAGUGCAAGCGAAGACCGAAGAGACCGAGAGUGGUGGCGAGAGGCGCGUGUCCUGGCUCGCGACUCGCGAGUCUCCGACGAUUCACGACUCACGGCUCACGGCUCACGGCUAGCAGCGCGAGUAUCGGCGCUCAGUUCGAAUCGAGCAUUUCACCGCGCUACUGCUCAAACUCGGCCUCGUUCGCGACACUUUCGUCGUCGGUUGGUCGUAUCGUCGAGGAUGACACGUCGGUGCUCGGACAGGUUGCAGUGCGGAUGAACGUCGACGAAAGGAAUACCGAGAACGACAACGAAACUUUCUGCGACAACGUCUACCCGCGUGUGGAAGCUGACCAACAAACUUGGACGAGAAGAUUCGACGAACCGCAAGAUGUGGAAGAAUUUGACCUGCGUGGACGAGUUCCUGAACCGAGCGUUCCACAAGCUGGGCCUCGUGGUCGGUCACCACCCCGGCUACUUCGUGGUGAUCCCGGUCCUGCUAGCUUUCAUCUGCUUCACUGGCUACCAGAGGAUUCAUUACGAGAUCGAUCCCGAGUACCUUUUCUCGCCGACGAACGGACCGAGUAAAAUGGAACGAGCGAUCGUCGAGCAGUACUUCAAGGUCAAUUACAGUCACCGGUUCAACCUGGGUCGCAUCACGAGGCCAGGUCGUUUCGGCCACGUGAUUGUCACUUCGAAGGACGCUGCGAACAAUCUGCUGAAGACCGCGGUGUUCGACGAGCUCCGGCAACUGGACAACAUCAUCAGAACCGCCCAGGCGAGCUACGAGGGCGAAGUUUUCACCUACGAACAGAUUUGCGCCAGAUGGCUGGACGAAUGUUUCUCCAACGAUAUUCUGAAUCUUCGUUACAUCAUGGAGGACGUGGAGAAGAGGGAGCUGAACCUGACGUUCCCGUUGAUGCUGAAUCCGGUCACCUGGGUCUUCCACCUGUUACCCGUUUACUUCGGUGGGAGCGUGAUAAACGAGGAUCGGGUGGUGGAGUCUGUACCGUCGUUGCAGCUGGCGUACUUCCUCACGGUUGACAACGCUCGUCAAGACGCUAUCGGAGCAGCUUGGGAAGAAGCGUUCCUCGAGGCCGUGAAAAGAGUCGAAGAGGAGGCCGUGUUCGAGCACAUCGCCACCGCGAGGUUCGCCUCCAGGACCCUGGAACUGGAACUCGAGGAGAACACGAAGACGAUCCUACCCUAUUUCACCAGCACGUUCGUUCUGAUGGCUCUGUUCUCCGUGGUGACCUGCAUGAUGACCGACUGGGUGCGCAGCAAGCCUUGGUUGGGACUUUUGGGCAACGUGUCGGCCGCGAUGGCCACGGUAGCCGCCUUCGGUCUCUGCAUCUAUCUGGGCGUGGACUUUAUCGGUCUGAACUUGGCCGCGCCUUUUCUCAUGAUCGGAAUCGGAAUCGACGACACGUUCGUCAUGUUGGCGGCUUGGAGACGCACCAGUAUCCUAAAACCGGUGCCCGAAAGAAUGGCCGCGACGCUGAGCGAGGCAGCCGUGUCGAUAACGAUCACGUCUCUGACCGACAUGAUAUCGUUCUUCAUCGGGAUCCUCUCGCCUUUCCCUUCGGUGCAGAUCUUUUGCAUCUACUCGGGAUUCGCCGUGGUCUUCACUUUCAUUUUUCAUCUGACCUUCUUCACCGGAUGCGUGGCCAUCAGUGGCUACUGCGAACAGAAGAAUCGACACAGUCUGGUCUGCUGCAAAGUGCAGCCUCUCUCCAAGUCCUCGAAUCGAUCCUGGCUGUACAGAGCACUGUGCACCGGAGGCGUCGACCCCGACGAUCCGUACAACCCGGUGGACAACCCGGAACACGGCUGCAUGAGCUGGUUCCGCGACUAUUUGGCCGCCGCGCUCAACUGUCGACCGAUCAAAGUUCUGGUCAUUCUGAUAUUCGCCUGCUACCUGGCCGGCGCGCUCUACGGACUGACGACUCUUCAGGAAGGCCUCGACCGACGCAAGCUUUCCAAGAACGACUCUUACUCGAUCGUGUUCUACGACCGACAGGACUACUACUUCAGAGAGUUCCCUUACAGAAUACAGGUUGUGCUGAGCGGCGAGUACGACUACAGCGACCCGAUCGUUCAGCAGCAGGUGGAAAACUUGACCAGAUCUCUGGAGGCGAGCCGAUACAUCAGCAGCGCUCCGAUCUAUACGGAAAGCUGGUUGAGGACGUUUCUCGGCUACGCGAAGAUCAGCGAGAUCGAUGUUCGGAACAAGACCGUCUUCUUGGAAAAGUUGAAAGAAUCUUUGCUACCGAGGAACAGCUUCUCCGUGGACGUGAAGUUCGACGAGGCCGAGGAGCGGAUCGUGGCGAGCAGAUUCUUGAUCCAGGCGGUGAACGUCAGCGGGACCAAUCAAGAGAAGGACAUGGUGAAGGAGCUGCGCCGGAUUUGCGCCGAGUCGCCGUUGAACGCCAGCGUGUUUCACCCGUAUUUCGUCUUCUUCGACCAGUUCGAGCUGGUCAAGCCCACCAGCAUCCAGUGCAUGGUGUUCGGCGCGCUGAUCAUGAUGCUGAUCAGCUUCGUUUUCAUACCGAAUGUCCUCUGCUGCCUCUGGGUCGCCUUCUGCAUCAUCUCGAUCGAGUUGGGGGUUGCCGGCUACAUGGCCCUCUGGGACGUCAACCUGGACAGCAUCUCCAUGAUCAAUUUGAUCAUGUGCAUAGGAUUCAGCGUCGACUUCACCGCUCACAUCUGUUACGCGUACAUGAGCUCCAAGCAGAAAACGCCGGACGACAGGGUCAGGGAGAGUCUCUACAGCCUGGGCCUGCCGAUCGUUCAAGGCGCCACCUCCACGAUCCUCGGCCUGAUAGCGCUCGUCUUGGCCGGCACCUACAUCUUCAUGGUGUUCUUCAAGAUGGUGUUCCUCGUCAUUUUCAUCGGCGCCAUGCACGGCCUGUUCCUCCUGCCCGUCCUCUUAUCCUUGUUCGGGCCCACCUCUUGCGAGGCCGACGUCCCGAACCGCGACGGCGACACGCUCGACAAGGACCACGGCAAAAACAACGGCGAACAGGAGGAUCCAGCCUCGAAGCUUCGCCGAUCGUACGCGAUCCCACACCCCAGCCUCUCGCUCUCCUAUUAUCGUUGCGGCGGCGGCGGCGGCGGCGGCGACGCCGAUAGCGUAGGUUGCAGGGGUACCGGUGGUACUGCCGGCGCAGGCAACGCGGCCGUGCUCGAGAGUCCGCAGGCUAGCCCGGCGGUCAGUCUGGCCGCUUUCGAGGAGAGAGACCCCGGUCUCGGGACCAGCGAGGACAGCAAUUCGACCGAGAGCGGAUCUUCGCAAAGCAGAAGACGAGAGGGCCAGUUGGAACAGGAGAAUCAUAGGCCUCGCAACGUCUGGAGGAGAUCCAUAGGCGUUCUUUACGGCGUGUCGCAGUUCCAGACCGCUGCGCGACCAGCCUCGCCGCCUCCGGACUACGUCGACGUCCUCCAAGCGCUUCGAGCCGAUCGAGACCGCCGAGCGGUGCGAGCGAACCCCUUCUGCAUCCCCUCGCAGCAGACGCAGCCGUCGCGAUCCUCGUUGCAACGGCAAGCGCGCUCGUCCGAGCCGACGGACGCGGCCCGAACGGAACCAGCUGGAACCAACUAGGGCCUAGUUGCUAGGAAAAUUGACACGAGCGAGCCCAACGAACAUUACCUUCCCGGCUCUCUUCGCUCUUGUUCCCGGGAGUGCUGGGACAAUUUCGGUCGUGUCGCGGAGCCUUCGUUGCGAGACGGUGGUUCUCGAGCUCGACGAUAUCCUACGUCUUACGAGACUACGCGUCCCACGCGGUUCACGGAAUGGAAGAGUAUCGAGGCCGAGGAGUAUCGCGACCAGCGUGCGAAUCGCCUCGAAAUUUCCGGCGAAUCUCCGUUGCCGAGGAACCGCCAACACGAAUCGUUACGGUGAUUACGAUUACGAUUACGAUUACGUUUACGAUUACGACUACGAUUCCACCAAGUAUUUAUUAACGCGAUCCAUCGUGCGAGGAACGGACAUUUGGGCACUCGAUCUUUCUCUUCUGCCAGUGCUGUUCGGUGAGUCUAUCUCUUCUAGGAUAUCUAUGUAAUUUCUAAUUUACGAAACGAAACUGACGAGCGAGCAAACCGACCUGGCAAAUUCGGUCUGCGGCUAUAGUAGAAACGCGUUCAGCGAUCCCGCGAAUCGUCUACCAUUCCGUUGUCGUCUUCUCGAACGAGUUUCGACGAGCGAAUCCUAUUUAAGUCAACGGACGGAACACAUAUCUAUCGCGAUUACGUAGCGUUUAAGGACCGAACGGCGACCCCCGAUCGACGUAUUUUUCCAGUAAUCGAUGGAAAUCUAUCGCGCGUUCGAGUAGUCUACAUGUAGGUGCGCGUACAUUACUCCGCGUGCAUUUGGCAUUUCGCAUUUGGCAUUUGGUAUUUCGCGUUUACCAUUGCGCACGGUAUAUACAUUGUACAACGAGACGUGCCUUACCGAGCGACGUGUUCGUAUAGAAGCAGCCGGUUAGCAGGUCGAUCGUCGUGAAUUCGCCCGGCGCGACGGAAACGAGUCCGAACCCGAACCCGAAUCCGAAACAGAAACAGAACCUGAACCAAAGCGUGGAUCAACUCGAUCGGGAGUCUUAUCUACGAACAAUCGAAGCGGACAUCGCGCGUUCGCGUUGCACGCUCCAAACAGCUUGGCACCAAUGUUUUGCGAGCGAGCGGAAUACAUUGACAGCGAGUGGCGGAUACGCGCUGAAACAAUUACUCUAGGACGAAAUAUAUUCUGCUAUCCAUUUUCUA